UUCCGGACAGGAGUUUUCAAACAACACUAGCCAGCGAGCUAGUCGUUACCAGUUUUUGCUCAGGGAAACGACAGACUUUGCUGAGUUUCGGCUAGCCUGUCGUAAAUCCAUCCAGCGAUGUCAGCGACCUCCAAGAGGAGAAGAGCCACCUCGCCCUCCAGCAGCAUCAGUGGAGGCGGUGACCUCGACGAUAACGCGUCUACUCCUGGAAGUGGCAGGAAAAAAAGAAGAAUCUCCAAUUUACCUCCUGUAGAUACAAUUGCUGUAUGUCAUGAGCUGUUUAAUGCUGUCAGGGACCACAAGGAUGAGCAUGGAAGGCAACUCGGGGACUUUUUCUUGAGAGUACCAAAGAGAAGGAAUCUGCCUGACUAUUAUGAAGUCGUGUCCCAGCCAAUUGAUAUGACAAAAAUUCAGUAUAAACUGAAGUCAGAAGAUUACAAUGACCUGGAUCAACUAACUGCAGAUUUCCAACUCAUGUUCAACAACGCCAAAUCAUUUUACAAGAGAGACAGUGAGGAGUACCGAGCUGCAUGCAAGCUGUGGGAGAUAUAUUUGCAAACAAGAACUGAAUUUGUUCAACCUGGAGACGGAGAUGAAGAUGAUGAAGAUGGUGAGGACAUGAUGGAUACUCCAGGAAUUUCAACUGAAGAUGAGACCUCAACUGGCAGUUUGAAGGAGGUAUUGGAGCAGCUCUUGGAGGCUGUUGUGUCCCAUGCGGAUCCCUCAGGACGUCUGGUCAGUGAACUGUUCCAGAAAUUGCCUUCCAAAGUGCAUUACCCAGACUACUAUGCUGUUAUAAAGGAGCCAAUAGACCUGAGGACUAUUGCUCAGAGAAUACAGAUUGGAUACUAUAAAAGCGUGAAUGCCAUGGCCAAGGAUGUGGACCUGAUGGCCAAAAAUGCCAAAACAUACAACGAACCAGGAUCUCAGGUUUUCAAGGAUGCUAAUGCCAUAAAGAAAGCCUUCAUCCAGCGGAAGACUGAUCUUGAACAUGCUGAACCAACUAAAUCUAGUCUUCGCAUCAGGAAUCGCAGGUCAGGCCAGGGAGAUCGACUCUCUGGCGUCAGUGUUGCUCUUCAGUACGGCUCGGAGAGCGAGGACGACCCCGUGCUUUCUGGCUCUGUGUGCUAUGACGAGGGGGAGUCUGAGGCUGAGAGUCAGAGUUCCAGUAUGGAGAUGAGUAACCCGAUCUUCCAGCUGUAUGAAGCUGUGAGGGGUGCGAGGAACAACCAGGGUCAGGUCUUCUCUGAACCUUUCCAGCAGCUGCCCUCUCGCAGAGAAUACCCCGAUUAUUUUCAGCAGAUCAAACAGCCCAUCGCUCUGCAGCAGAUCAGGGCUAAGAUGAAGAAUGGCGAGUAUGAAAAUGUGGAGCAGAUGGAUGUGGACCUCAAUCUGAUGUUUGAGAAUGCUAAGCGCUACAACAUGCCUAACUCAAGCAUUUACAAACGGGCCUUUAGACUUCAGCAGAUCAUGCAGGCAAAAAAGAGGGAGCUUCUGAGGAGAGACGAUGAGGAUGGAGACAGUAUUCUGUCCUCUGAUGCAGGAAGCAUCAAAAGGAAAAGUCACAAGAAAAAUGUGAAAAAGAACAGAAUGAAGGCCUUGUAUGCUGCAGUGAAUGAGGCCAAGGAGGCGGGCACCAAUCGCCGUCUUAGUGAGCUGUUCAUGGUCAAACCGUCAAAGAAGGACUACCCCGAUUACUACAAGGUCAUCCUAGAACCAAUGGACCUGAAGACCAUCGAGCAAAACAUACGCAUUGAGCGCUACACCUCAGAGGACGCCCUGAUGGAUGACAUGAAGUUGAUGUUCCGUAACGCUCGGCAUUACAAUGAGGAGGGAUCUCAGGUGUAUAAUGAUGCUGAUAUUCUGGAGAAGAUACUGAAGGACAAGCGCAAAGAGCUGGGACCGCAGCCUGACGAGGAUGAUGUUGGGUCUCCAAAACUGAAACUAAGAAAAAGUGGUGUUUCUCCAAAGAAGUCCAAAUACCUCACCCCUCUUCAGCAGAGGUUAAAUGAGCUCUAUGAUGCUGUGCGAAACUUCACUGACCGCCGAGGUCGACGUUUAAGUACAAUCUUCCUGCGCCUGCCAUCCCGUGCCGAGCUUCCCGACUACUAUGCUACGAUCAAGAAACCCAUCGAUAUGGAGCGCCUCAGAAGCCACAUGGUGGCCGGUCGUUACCAAGAUGUUGAUGCCCUGAUGGAGGACUUUGCUCUCAUGUUCAACAAUGCGUGCAUGUACAACGAGCCCGAGUCUCUGAUAUACAGGGAUGCUCUUGUCUUGCAUCGCGUGCUGCUGGAGACCCGUAAGCAGCAGGAGGGAGGUGAAGACUCAGGGCCUCCUGCUGUGGGAACUCUGGUACGAGAGCUUAUCAGGAACCUGUUUGUGUCUGUGCUGGGCCACCAGGAUGAAGAAGGCCGCUGCUACAGUGACUCACUGGCUGAGAUUCCUGCUGUAGAUCCAGCUGCUCCUGAAAAACCUCCACUUAAUUUUGAUGUCAUCAGGAUGAAUGUGGACCGUGGCCGUUACAGGAGACUGGACGUCUUCCAAGAACACAUGUUUGAAGUGCUGGAGAAAGCACGGAGGCUUCACAGGACUGACUCAGAGAUAUUUGAGGAUGCUGUUGAGCUCCAGCAGUUUUUCAUUAAGAUCAGGGAUGAGCUAUGCAAGAAUGGAGAGAUCCUGCUCACAUCCGCACUCAACUACACGUUGAAACACCUGCACAACGACGUGGAGCAGGAAAAGAGGGAGAAAAUUCCAAAGGAAAUUGAUGAGGACCGAAAGAAGGAGGAAGAGGAGGAGGGGGGAAAAGAGGGUGAGAAAGCAGGGGACCAGCAAGGAGGGUCAUGGAAGCCAGAGUUGGAGACGGAGCGUGUGUACAGUCAGGACUGCAGCUUUGAAAACUGCACCUACCACGUGGGGGAGUUUGUCUAUGUGGAGCCAUCAGAGCCCAACCUGAAGCCACACAUCGUCUGUAUUGAGCGUCUGUGGGAGGAUAAAGCAGGUGAGAAGUGGCUCCACGGAUGCUGGUUCUACAGACCCAGUGAAACCUUUCAUCUUGCCACACGCAAGUUUCUUGAAAUGGAGGUUUUUAAGAGUGACUACUACAACAAAGUGUCCAUCAGUAAAGUCCUGGGCAAAUGUGUGGUUAUGUUUGUGAAGGAUUAUUUCAAAAUGCAACCUGAGGGCUACAGAGCCGAGGACGUGUACAUCUGUGAAUCCCGCUACACCGCCAGGUCAAAGUCCUUCAAGAAGAUCAAGAUUUGGGCCAUGCCUGCAAGCUCCCUGAAGUUACUCCCUCGGGACGUGCCGCUGCCUGUUGUCCGUGUUGCUUCAAUGUUUGCCAAGCCUGACCUGGACAAAACGACAAUCUCAUACACAGGGAGUGGCAGUUUUGUAGACAAGGAGAGAGAGGACGUCCCCGUGGAGAUGAGCGGAGGCGAGCCUGACUGUCAGUACUACGAACAGUUACGCUUCAACAACAUAUGGGUUAAAGUGGGAGACUGUGUUUAUAUUCAGUCCCACGGCCUGUCCAAGCAAAGGGUUGCCAGGAUUGAGAAGCUGUGGGUGCAGAAUGGAACUACUAGUGCUUUCUUCUUUGGACCGAUCUUUAUUCAUCCUGAGGAAACAGAGCACGAACCCACGAAGAUGUUCUACAAACGAGAAGUGUUUCUGAGCCAUCUGGAGGAGACUCUGCCCUUGACUUGUGUCAAAGGCAAAUGUAUGGUGUCUUCCUUUAAGGACUUCCUGUCAUGCAGACCCACUGAGGUUUUGGAAGAUGAUAUCCUGCUGUGUGAGAGCCGUUACAUCGACACAGAGAAGCAGAUGAAAAAGUUUAAGGGUCUGAAACGCUUCUCCUUCUCCUCCAAAGUAGUGGAGGAUGAGAUCUACUAUUUCAGAAAAUUGAUUGUGCCGCAGAAAGAAGCAUCACCCUUUUUGGACAAGAAGAUAGAUGAGCUUGAGUUAAAACUGGCAGAUCUGGAGGAUGCUGAAGAUGAUAUGGACGACAUGGAUGACGAGGAGGCUCCAGCGACUCCUUCUGUUCCUCAGAUGCAAACUCCACAUGCAAACGAGAUGGACGUCAUGCCAUACACACCUUCUCAGUCCACUCCUAAGGUGAAGGGCUUAUCGAAGAAGGAGGGAGCCAAGAGGAAGAUGAACAUGAGCGGCUAUAUCCUGUUCAGCAGUGAAAUGCGAGCAGUCAUCAAAGCUCGACACCCAGACUACUCCUUUGGAGAGCUGAGUCGCCUUGUGGGCACCGAGUGGAGGAACCUCGAGGCUUCCAAGAAAGCAGAGUAUGAAGAGCGUGCAGCCAAAAUAGUGGAGCAACAAGAUCGAGAGAGACCUACCCAGAAGCAAGUGUCCCCUAGAGCAGGUACCCCCAUAGGGUCACUGAUGGGGGUGGUGCCUUCGCCUAGCACUAUGGGAAUGAUAAACCAGAACAUGACACCUGUGUCAGGCAUGAUGGGAGCUUACCCACCUUACAUGUCCAUGCAGGGCCCCCAUGAGGGCUUGCUGAGUGUGGCCCCAAUGCCACCUCACCCUGCAGGGGGGCCCUUUCUGUCUCCUCACCAUCUCCAGCAAGGUAUGCCUGGGUACCCUGGCAUGCCUCAUCAGGGUAUGAUGGGUCCUGGCAUGAAUGGCAUGGCAGGCAGUCCUGCACAAGGGAAUUACAUGCAACAGCCUGGGAUGUUCAGCCCGGGACCACAUGCUCCUCCACCAUAUCCAGGACAAGGACAGCCAUCACACCUGCAGCCAACCUCUCCCAUGUUUGUGGCUCCACCACCAAAGACCCAGAGGGUGCUCCACUCUGAAGCCUACCUGAAGUACAUUGAGGGAUUGAAUUCAGAGUCGAGCACUGUCAGCAAGUGGGACCAAACGCUCAGAGCUCAAAGGCGAGAUGCUUACCUGACCAAAGAGCAGGAGAGCCGGUUGCCAGCUCAUUGGCUAAAGAGCAAAGGAGCCCACACCACCAUGGCCGAUGCACUGUGGCGCCUGCGUGACUUGAUGCUCAGAGACUCUCUGAACAUCUGUCAGGCACACAACCUUUAACUUGUUGGACACUGACCACUUAUAACCAGCUCACUCACUGCUCCUGUCCUCAAGCUAUGGAGUGUAGGAAGGAUUUUAGCCCAUAGAAGCAAUAUUUUAUAGUGAAUCAUGAUCAGUUUUAUAUUUAUUAGCUUGAAAUAAUGAGCUUGAUAGUAACUUGUGUGUGAAUUUCAAUUUUUUUACAGACCAGUUUAUUCAUGCUGCAAAACCGGUGUUUUGGCUUAUUAAUUAAUACAGAAUAAAAAUUUGGAACAUCA